AAGAUUUCCUGUGUAUGUGUGAGAGAAUGCAUGGUUUAUUGUAAAUUGAGCCAAGUGGAUUUUAGUAAUGUAAUUGGAAUUACUGAGAGAGGAAAACAACGCGAGUACAGAAAAGCCAGAGGAGCCCAACAGCGGUACCCCCUCCAGCCAGAGGAGCCCACCAGCGGUACCCCCUCCAGCCAGAGGAGCCCACCAGCGGUACCCCCUCCAGCCAGAGGUGCCCACCAGCGGUACCCCCUCCAGCCAGAGGAGCCCACCAGCGGUACCCCCUCCAGCCAGAGGAGCCCACCAGCGGUACCCCCUCCAGCCAGAGGAGCCCACCAGCGGUACCCCCUCCAGCCAGAGGAGCCCACCAGCGGUACCCCCUCCAGCCAGAGGAGCCCACCAGCGAUACCCAGAGUGGCCAAAGUAUCCACAACCACGAUUCACUGAAGGAUCGACCGGUGCCACUCAGUAAACAUCAACUGGAGAUACUAGCCUGCUCAAGAAUGCAAG